AUGGAUCCAAACUCAUUUUCAGUAGAUGAUUAUAGUCUUACUUCCUUGUUUUUCAAUGACGAACUAGAACCUAAAUCAAUUGAUGAACUUUUAGCGGUUUCUACUACUGCUAACAAUUUUGGUUCCGAGUUGAAUGGAUCAGAAUCGAAUAAUGAAACUCGUUCUUUAGGUGCUGAGUUAGGUGACUCGUCCAAAGAGGCUAUCACGCUUAGUUCUGAGAAAACCCUUGUUGCUGUAGAUUGUGAUAGUUCCAUAAACACUACUCGUAGCUCAGCCCAAAGAAGUUCGACAUACCGAGGGGUUUCAAAGCACAAAUUGACAGGUAAAUUUGAAGCGAAUCUAUGGGAUCACAAUGGUAAGCUAGAGGGAAGUGUCAAGAAAGGGCGACAAGUGUAUUUGGGUAGUUAUGACGGUGAAGAAAAUGCAGCAAGGGCUUAUGAUUUGGCAGCAUUGAAGUACUGGGGACCAACAGCAACCACAAACUUUCCUGUUUCCGAUUACGCCAAGGAAAUAGAGGAGAUGAAACAUGAAGGAAAGCGAGACUAUAUUACUUCUCUGCGAAGGAAAAGCAAUGGUUUUUCUAGGGGGACUUCAAAAUAUCGGGGUGUUACAAGGCACAGGCACAGUGGUAAAUGGCAAGCAAGAAUUGGCCGAGUUGCUGAAAACAAAGAUCGAUACUUGGGAACAUUUCAAUCCGAAGAGGAAGCUGCAGAGGCAUAUGACAUUGCAGCCCUAAAAUAUAAAGGUGCCAAUGCUUUAACUAAUUUUGAUGCAAGUAUAUAUGAUAUGGACUAUAUUUCGAAGAAUCCCAUUCCGAUUGGUCGAGAAUCAAAACGCUCGAAACCUUCUCGAGGAUCACAGAAGAAAGCUCCUACGAAUAUUACUGAUCAACCACAUUGUACCAAUGUGAAUAGCAGCAUCAAUUUUCCUCCAAUGGCUUAUAUACCAUAUGAUUCUGCAACACCAUAUUUUCCAUGCAACCCUUUCCACCAUUUUCACCCUCCUACCAAUGCAGAAACAGGCACAUCAAAGUCUUCUGAAACUACAACCAAUGCAGGCGCAAUACUCACUCCAAUGCCAGCAGCAGCUGAGUCAUUUCUUUGGCCUGAUCAGUUCUAUUGA